AUGAACGGCAAUGGCAUGAAUGGUAAUGGCAUGAAUGGUAAUGGCAUGCGUGGCAAUGGAAUGAAUGGUAAUGGAAAUGGUAAUGGAAAUGGUAAUGGAAUGAACCGCAAUGGAAUGAAUAGAAACGGAAUGAACGGCAAUUCAAAUUCAUUCAGACGUCUAAAGCGCAGUGUGAAAAGUUUAACGCAUCAAGGCGAUGCGGCACAACAGGGAAACGGAAUGGGAAAUGGCAAUGGAAUGGGCGGAAACGGAAUGGGAGGAGGCAAUAGAAAUGGUGGGAAUGGAAAUGGAAUGGGUGGCAAUGGAAUGGGAGGAGGUAAUGGAAUGGGACCUCCAGGAAUGUGUGGAAAUGGAAUAAAUGGAUUUCAAAUGGGUGGCCGAGGAGGCAAUGGAAUGGGCCCACCCAAUGGAAUGGGUGGAAACGGAAUGAAUGGCAAUGGAAUGGGUGGUAAUGGGAUGGGCGGUUAUGGCAAUGGAAUGGGAAGAAAUGGAAUGGGCGGCAACGGCAUGGGAAACAAUGGAAUGGGUGGACGUGGAGGUGGAGGUGGAGGAAUGGGUGGCAAUGGAGGCCAAUGGAAUAAUGGAAACAAUGGCAAUAGUCAAUAUUCAUCACAGUCAUCGACAUUCGCAAAUGGUCGCCAGGGAAUGCAACAAUCUUCGUACUCGAUGAAUGGGCGGCCAAUGGGCACAAUGCAGUCAAGCUGGAGCAAUGGACAGGGAAUGAACGUGUCAAGAGAUCAACAAUUAUCAGUUUCCCGACAAUCCGAUGGAAUCAAUGCUGAUAGUUCUGUGACCGUUAGCUCAGCCAAUGGAGCAAAUGGAAGCUCGCAGAGGCCGCGGCGAAAUAAUACCGCCUCAUCGGAUGAUUCAUGGUUCUAA